GUCAGCGCAGAAACCCAGAGAGACCCUCCGGUCCCGGAGCAGACUCUUCACAGCCGCCGAAGACGAAAGAAACUCUGAGUCCUUGGCGAGUCCUUGGCGAGUCCUUGGUGAAUCCUUGGCGAGUCCUUGGCGAGUCCUUGGUGAAUCCUUGGUGAAUCCUUGGUGAAUCCUUGGCGAGUCCUUGGCGAGAGUCCUUGGCAAGUCCUUGGCGAGUCCUUGGUGAAUCCUUGGCGAGUCCUUGGUGAAUCCUUGGCGAGUCCUUGGCGAGUCCUUGGUGAGUCCUUGGUGAAUCCUUGGCGAGUCCUUGGUGAAUCCUUGGCGAGUCCUUGGCGAGUCCUUGGUGAAUCCUUGGCGAGUCCUCGGCGAUUACAGACAGACGGACGGCGAGAUGAAGGAACGCUCGGAGACUCGAGUCCGGCAAAGCAGCGGAGAUGACUUCAGAGGAACCUGAACCCAACGAUUUGGUUCCCUACGCAAGAUUUCAGCGACUGUGUUUUACGACAAUUUUGUUCACGAUGGGACUUAGCCAAGUCUCCAACGUCACUCCAGACAUUGCUUCGGCGGCAGCAUCAGCGGUAGCGAGCAUCAUUCCCAACGCCUCCGGCACGUUUCCCACAUCGUCCCUCAGUCCGCCAUCCUGCAGCAUCGACGAAUCCUACAAGUACGUCUUCCUGCCAGUCUGCUACUCGCUGACCUUCGUCUUCAGCCUCACGCUCAACUCGGUGGUUCUGCUGCGCUCCUGCGCCGGCGGUGGAGGCGGCGGGAACGGUAGCGGCGCACGGCGCUGGAACACGUCGUUGAUCUACAUGGUGAACCUGGCCACCACCGACCUGAUGUACGGCCUGUCGCUGCCCUUUCUAGUGGCCAGCUACGUGCUGCGGGACAGCUGGGUGUUCGGGGACUUUAUGUGUCGACUUGUCCGCUUCCUCUUCUACUUCAACCUCUACUGCUCCAUCUUCUUCCUCACCUGCAUCUCCGUGCACAGGUACUUGGGCAUCUGCCACCCGAUGAGGACGAUCACUCUGGAGAGCAAGCGCGUGGUGAAGGGGACUUGUGCAUUGGUGUGGAUCAUCGUCUUCAUCCUCACCUGCCCCAUCUUCAGGUUCGCCCAGACGGGAUACGUCCGGCGAGGCGGGGGUAGCGGCGCCGAUGAUGUUCCUGUGGUUCCUGGCGAGGAGAGGGAAGGCGGGAACAGCUCUGGAUCUCAGACGGUUGACGAGGGAGGAUACACGAACUGCUGGGAUGACGCCAUCGACAAGGAGUUUGCCGACUACGUUCCGUACGGUAUCGUCCUCCACGUGCUGGGCUUCUUUGUGCCAUUCGUCAUCAUCGCCUGGUGCUACUCCCAGGUCGUCAGGACGAUAUUUCGGUCGCUGCGCUCACCGCCAAGUUCCCUCGAAGGCGGCGAAGUUGGCGAGGAUGGCCCGGCGGGCGCUGACGGUAUGACCGAAGGAGUCAGAGACCGUUCGAGAACAUCGGUGUCCAUCUCCGGAUCGCAGUACUCGCACUACAUCCGGCGACGGCGGAAGUCCAUAAAAACCAUCGUGACGAUCACGCUGCUGUUUGCGCUCUGCUUCUUGCCGUUCCACGUGACGCGAACGCUGUUCCUGUUGCUGCGGCGAGGCCGGCUCGGCAGCUGCGCCGUCAUGAAGACGGUCUCCAUCUGCUACAAAGUCACGCGGCCGCUGGCGUCCUGCAACGCCUGGCUCAACGCCCUCCUGUACUUCCUGACGGGGGAUAAGGGCGCCCCCUGGUGCGGGCCGGCAGAACGCAGCGUCCGCAGAGACCGCCGCAGCGGCUCCCUCUGGUGGCCGCUCAAGAUCCUGAAAAAAGAGGAUGACCACGAAACGCCCGAGAAGAUUGAAAGAGCGGUGCACACGGAGAACGAGUCCAAGUCUUCAAGGGUCAUCUUCUAGAAGGUUUUUAGAGCCGGUUUCUUUUUGAGAGACUUUAAACAAAUCCAGCUGUUGAAGUGGAGAUUUCUGAGAACUAAAACCUUAAAAAGGUCCCAUGGCAUGAAAAUGUUACUUUAUGAGGGUUUUUAACAUUAAUAUGAGG